AUGAACGUAUUAGAGAAGGCGGAGAAGGCAUUGGAGUAUUUACGAAAUAGUGAAGGGAUUGCCAAAGGCCAUGAGUUACAAGCAGCUGCAGGUACAUUAGGAAGAUGCCUUGGAGCAUUAGGCAGUCGGCAAAACUGCGCCCGUCAUUAUGCUAAUUUAUUAAAUUCAGCUAUACCUACUUUGUUAACUUUGGCUAGUAAUGAGAGUGCAGAAGUGCGUUUACUAGGUGAUGAGGCAUUAAAUAGAGCUGUAGCUGGUGGGUUUGCCUUUCAUUCAUAUAAAACUAAUAUUGUAUUGCAAAAUCAAAUAGACCCUAGCAAAAAUGCAAGGUGGAUCAGAGCAGCUCUCUCCCGUAUAUGUCUUGGUGAUUGCUGGCUUCGCCCAGGCAUGGGUAAAAUUCGAUCCCAAGCUCAAACAUUAUUUCCAAAACUAAGUCAAAUAGUGCGUCAGACAAAUGAAAUACAGUUAAUAGUUGAGGCGUUAGAGAAUAACCUGCCCAGGAUAUUGACCGCACUAGCUGAAUAUACUACGGAUGAAGAAAUUUCUGAUCUAUCUAAGGCACUGCUAUUGCAUGUGGAAAGUAUUGAGCCAGCGGUUCGUCGUGGAAUAUCUAAUUGUGUUGCACAUUUAUGUUCCCACCGGGAACCUUUGCUGACUAAUAUAUUGGGUAAAGUGUAUGAAAAGUUAUGGCCGUUGACAGUGGAUGAUACAGUGGUGAUAGGAUGGUUUUGCGUCAUCAAAGCCAUAUUCCAGAUAAACGAUAUUACGAAGUUUAAAGAGAACGAUGUUUUUGGUAUACAGGAUUAUUUGGAGUUAUACCAACUGUGCAUCCACUACACGGAGCACAGCACAGAGCACAACGCACAGAACGCCGUGCUCGAGUGCUUGUGCGUGGUGCUGGGCGGCGCGCGCGGCGCGUGGCGCGCGGCGCUGCUGGCGCGCCGCCCUGCGCGUCUGGUGCUUGAGAGACGCGCACACAGGCGGAAUAUGAGUUACUCCAGUGCAAUAUCAGCUCGUACAAUAGCGAGUGUGCAGUUGGACUCAAAGGAUACGGAGAUAUGCUUCACUGGUGCCUUACAGUUGGGCAGCUUGUUGCAGCUGAACUCGCUUAGUGGUAGUACUGAUGAGCUGGCUAUACAGACCCCAGACUCGCCACAAAGCGAGCCGGACAUACAGCUGACGGAUACGGAGCAGCUGUCCAGGGAGCUGACGGAGAAGCUGCAGGACUAUGAGGAUGAUGGCGAUGAUGAUGUGGUGGUCAGUCGUGAUGGAGGGUUUAAGGUUAAUAUCGGAUCUUUGACAGACGAGGAUGUGAGGUUGAAAUACUGCGGUCGAUUGCUGAUAUCUAAGUUUCUUCUUACGGGCAAUAAAGGAGGAGUGAUAUCUGAUAGGUCAGUUCGAGUGUCAGUAAAAUCGUCGGCACUAUCAUGUCUAUCAGUUAUCCUGCAGAUUUAUCCACAGCUUAUUACAUUUUACUUAGAUAAAGAUGCUGAUUUGAAAUAUAUUAACUGUUCAGGUACAUCAGAAGGUACAGACUCUAACCCAGAACACGUCAACGAAUUCAUAUUAGAGCGCAACGUUUGUUACCAAGACUCCAUAACAGAAUCCCUAAGUCAAGAACUUCUAAACCGUAGUACGGACAGCCAAUCCCAACAAUACAAAAAAGAUAGUAAAUCACUAGAAAAAUCCAUGGAAAGUGAACAAAAAAGCUCUAAAGACGUCCAAAGCGCUAUAUUGGACAGUAAAAUCGGCAAAGAUUUAGUUGGAAGCGGUUUUAGUGCGGACAGCACUAACCCGAAUAUGACAAAUAGCAAUUUUACAUCCAACUCGAAUAUGACAGGCAGUAUCGAUCACAUAUCGACUGGUUAUCCGAUGUCGAGUAGCGGCGAUAUAUUAUCGUCUAGUAUCGAUUUAGACAUGAAGUUCGAUCAUUUCGGCGAAUCGACAAACAUGGAAAUCGAUGUCGAGAAGAAGCGCGAGUUGAAACGUAUGGAGGAAGUCGAUAAUGAUGUAGCUAUCGAUAAUAAUGCUGAUAAUAAUAUCGAUUCCGAAUUCGAGUUUCAGCAUAUGUCGGAAGUUUUUUUGUUGUUCGAAUGCCACAAUGAUCCGCAAAUACGUGGUUUGGUUAGAGUUUGUGUGGGGAAUUAUUUAGUGGCUGCUCUGGAUAUGGCUCAUGGCGAUUAUAAUAGAUGGAGGAACUAUAGCUUGUUACCGAAGGAAGUUAGCGAUUGUAUCACUGUUGAAAAGUUGAUGGAUAUUAUAUUGAAAGGACUAUCAGACCACAUCCAUUCAACAGUGAAUCACACACUAUCCUCAUUGAGUGGGAUAGCAAGAUCUCUCUGCGCCAGCCUCCACUGGACCAUCAUCAGCGAAGUUCUCAAUUCUCUCAUCAGUGUGCAAUAUAACACUUACUGGUUGUGUAGAGUCAAUCUAGCUAAGUUAUACGAAUCUAUGCCUUAUCAGAGACUGUUCACUCUACAUCCGGAAUAUUAUUCUAGAGCUAAACUAAUAAUGGAUGCUUUAAUGCAUUUACUAUCUGACCAGGAUCAGAAAGUACGGUCAGCAGCCGCGCACGCCAUUGCAAGGAUUGUACCAAAAAUCUAUCCACCUCGCAAAUCCACACCAAUAACUAUGAUGGCUCAAAUAUCUAAAGAACAUAGUAAAAUAUUUAGUUUUGACACACAAGCCCUGUCUCUGGAGUUAGUUCGAGACAUAUAUUUUUACUGUGAUAUACCUGUGCAGUUGAAAUGUGGUGAAAUGAUGGAAAAUAGUGAUAGCCUCAUGGCUAUUGUUGGUGAUGUAGUUGGACGGUUAAUGGCGUCUAAUUCUAAAAGCUAUUCGCAAGGCCUCAUAGAAACUCUGCAACAUAUAUGCCGUAUAUGGUCGCCAUGGAAACACACAGAGGCGUACACAGAGCAGGGUAUUCUUGGUUAUUGUUUGGAUACAUUGGAUUAUUGCAAUGAGAACGUACCAGUUAGGAGCAUGUUGCUUGAUAUAUGCCGUUUGGUUUAUCCAGUUGAAAUCCACAACAUAAUGCGUCAUAAAACAUCAAAUAGAGACAUAUUCGAGCGCGACACACAAGACAUAAACGAGAAAUGGCAACACUUAGAGAACGAGAAAGUUGCCAAUUUGGCUGAGAAAUUCCUACAAGUGACUCUGAAGAUGCUCAAUGUACUAGUACAUUUGAUAGAGGAAGUUAAUCCUAAUGUGCAUUUGCAUAAGAGUGGUAUUGCUUUGCCGGGUAGUCCUGUACGAAGGAAGACCCAGGAAUCAAUCCCGCGUAAGAACAGCAUCCCAACGGAAUCAGAAGAUAAAACUUUAAGAAAACGACCCCCCGUACCGGCAACUAGUUUGAAGGCCAAUUUUGCGGGACACUUUUUCAAUGAACCGUUUUACAUGAAAUUGUAUGAAAAUUUACGAGCCACAUACUCUAACCAUAAGAUAAAUCUAGACCCAAAAACAAGUAUUUUCCACGAAUUCCUACAAACAACUUUAAAUUGUCUUGCGAUACAAUUAGAAUUGUCCACUGAAAGGGAAUUUGGUGCUGUCACAGAAGAAAUACUAUUCUAUCUUAAAGUCAUUAUGCCUCUAUGUCCAGACUUAACAGUCUAUAACAUAACACAAUUACUGAAAUGCCUUUUCGGCACAAACAUGAUAAACCAGUACGCGGACUUUUUAAGUAUCGCAGAUAAAAAAAUUAUAUACGAAAAACCCAAUUUCUUCCAAGACAUUAUGAUGGUGAAUAUGGGGAAAGUGACAGAUGAUGAUAAAAGCAGUAUAAGUUCGACGUCCAGUCAGAAAUUGUCGUUGGACACUAAAAAUCCCAGGAUGAUGGAUGAGAGGCAUCUGCUCAUCAUGAUGGAGAACUUCUCCAAGAAUCGUACAGAUAGGAAAUGGAGUACGAAUAAAAAGGAGUUAGAGAGGUAUAUAAGGCUGUUUGAACCGGUCGUUAUUCAGUCUUUAAAGAGCUACACGAUGCAGAACGACAUCCCGCUGCAGUGCACGGUGCUGCGGCUGCUGUGCCAGCUGCUGGCGCUGCGCGUCAACUACUGCAUGCUGGACAGCGACCAGGUCUUCAUCGGCUUCCUCAUGCGCCAGCUCGAGCUGGUCGAGCAGCAUGAGAUACCGAAUUGCUGCGACCUCGUGAAUAGUAUAUUACAAUUUCUAGUUCAACUAUCGUCCUCCAAACACCACACGAAGCAAAUCAUUGAAAUACCAAAAUUAAUACAGCUGUGUGACGGUCUGAUGGCGUCCGGGGCGCAGGACGAGUGUAUAGCGGGACUGGAGCCGGUCGCGGUGAGGGUGUUCAGUAAUAUGGGUGGUGGUACUGUGUUAGGCAGAGCCCAGCAGCAAGAAGCUCAGGCGACUAGGGAAGUUUUGUUUUAUAUGUUACAGAAAACUAUGCAUCAGCCGAAAGUACUAGAACUAGUAUCGUGCGUUCUCUCUCUCUCACAAGAGCAUCCAGAGAGCUACUACCGUUGGUCCGAACUCGCAAGCGACACGCUUCUAAAUCUACUAAGUGAGAGAAGUAUAGAAUGCGACACGAUACUCGCAGUGAAGUCGCUCGAGAAACUUCUACACUCUUUGUAUCGAGAUGUGUUGUUGGAACAAACAAGAGUAGAGGUAUUGUUGAAGAUACUGUUCAAAGCUCCGCCUGAUCAGCAAACAACACCAAGGAAAUUGAAGUUACGAUAUCUAACAAUAGUAAUGGUGUUGUUACGUAAAGUCCUUAUUCUGAUACCCGAGACGGAAAUACUUCUCUCAAUAAACUACCUAAAAUCGACCUGUAUAUCGCCUCAGUCGAUAUUUUUCAACGUGAAACCUAACGUAGACCCCCUAAAUGUUCAGAAUGUGAACGAAAAUUGCGCAAAUUUAUCACCAGAUGUGAUUCUAGUCAGGUUUCUAUUCAAGACUUUGACGUAUGCGAUAAUGGAAUUAGAUGAUUUUCAAGCGACAAUAGACGUUAAUGACGAUGACGAUAAGGAUCAGAAUAGAUUGUUGUACGCUGUGUGUGUUAAUAUUAUAAUUCAAGCCAAGUUUAUGUUACAUUUGACAAACGGCUGUCUCUUCCCUCUAACAGCUAAAACAGCACAAACAAUACUCCACAACGAGCAGAGUGGCCUCAACACAGGUCUAUACAGUCCCGAAGAGAACAUACCGUUGGAUAACCUCAACUUGAUAUGUUUGAAGUCGGCAAAUCGAAUACCAUUGUUGACUGUCCAUUGGUCGCAUUUGUUGAUUAGACUAAACUUCCUGUCGCACAAGUACUGGCAGAAGCUAAUAGGUUUCGCACGCAAUCUCCCUCUGAGUGCAGACAGCGGGGACACCACGCUACUACGAGUGGAUGUGCUACAAACUGCCUGUGUUAUGGCCUAUUGCGAAUAUUUUGUGGACAACGGUAUCUCGGAGGCCGUGCACCUGACGUGGCUGCUCGUGAACCGCGUGCACGUGCUGGUGGCGCAGUGCGGCGAGGCGGGCGUGCGUGCGCUGGCGGCCCGCGUGCAGCGCGCGCCCGCCGCCUCCGCGCUGCUGCUUCAGGCCGUCGCCGCCCGCUGUCAGAGCUGCUUGAAGGAUGAAUUCGCUCUAAACACAUACAAAAUACUCUCAUUGUGUCAUGAGAGUCAGUCCGGUGCUUUGGUGUUUUUCAUAUGUCGUGUUAUAGGGAAAUUAGAGCCCGCCAUUGCGACUAGAUUCUCAAAAUUAGCGAUAGACCGAUGUAGAUUAUUAAAAGAAAUGUCACCAGAAGCCAUCAACUCGCAACUAUCCAAAGAAGACGUGCAAGUUGCAUUGGAGUUGUUACAGAGGGACAAGGUUCAUAUACGAUAUUCAAAGCUGGUGAUGGAAUUGAAUGCGUUAGCGUCUUCAGUGUUUGAUUUGUCGCCUUUAGAUCUAUCUCAGGAUAGAUCGAUCAAUUCACAUUAUAUAAUCACUACCAAUGUUGACAGCCACUGGUUGCUCAAUCAAAUAAAGAGCAGAUGCUGUCAAACAGAUUGUAACAUACCAAAGAUAUCGAAACACAAAGAUUUAGCUCAAUCUCUAUCUAAUUUGUCAAUAGAGGAUCUCACUACAAUUAUGUCUUGUUCAGAGUUCGACAGGAAAAUACUGAGUGCAUGUUUUAAGAUAUCCUGCGAUGAUUUCACUAGAGCCUUUCUAAAUAGUAUAUCAGAAAUAGAAUUGAGAGAGAGUGAGUUAGAGUUGCUAAGAGAACAAAGGGAGAUGGAGAGAGUUAGAGAAGAAACGUCGGUUGAUAGUAAUAAAUUGAACGUUACAAAUUUACACGUUUUCAAGAAAAGUGAUAACAAAGAGUCGAAAUCCCAAUUUUUCAUUCCAAUAAUGGAUAACGACGUUCAAGAGAAAUUUGGGAAUUUACAUAUUUCGGAGGAGGAUACGGAAAUUGUGGUGCCGGAUAUGCCGAAAUUGUAUCAAGUGUCGAUAUCGACUUUGGACAAAUCGAUUACGGAUGUUCUAAGACUGUUUCCCAAACAAAAUAGACCGUUGAGUCAAUCGGAAAAUUUUAAUUUGAAUUCUGAACAAACAGUGGACAGAUAUACGAAGAGAUGUCACCAAGUGUUCCAAGACAAAUUGUUUUACCAAGAAUUUAUGACGAUUCAAACUAUAUUAUCUGGUUUCCUCACUAAUGUGGAACGAAUUGUGUCGUUAAUCGACGACACAGAUUGUGAUUUAAUCGAGAAAUGUAUAGAAAAUAUAAUACCUAAUACGCUAGCUCGUAAUAUAGCUGUAUUCUCCGUGGUUUCACUGCAAUAUUUGUCGUUUAUAAUUAAAAAUAAGAAAAUUGUUGAAAGUCCCAUACCGGCUGACGUUUCCUUUCGUGUCACAAAUGUCUCCACAGAUAAUAUAUGUGUGGAUCACGUGAUAUUAGUGACCAUAGACAAUGUGGCAAAAGCCCUGGAUUUUAAGGAAAUCUGGUCGGAAUUAAAUGUUGAGAGUAACUUUAAUAGAACUCAAUCGGCCAUCAGUUGUUUGUAUGCGAUCGUGAAGUAUUUAGUUAAGGAUACGAAACCCCUAAUACUGAAAACGUUUAUGAAACUACAAGAGCCAGGUCCGACACCAGAUAUAAUAAUUACUGGUAAUAAGCUAGCAACACUUGUGGCAUUUUGGGAAGAAAACUUCUAUAUGAAGGGCAACACUUAUAUACUAGGGAAACGAUACAUGCGAGCCAUUGAGAGUCUGCUCAUCAGUUUAUCUAAAUUAGAGUUAGUGACAAAUAUAGCACUAAUACCGCCCAUUGCGUGGUCCUGUGUCGAAGUUAGGACGAAGAAGGAGGAACUAGAAAAGAUAGACUUACCGCUGCAAGCUCUGCAAGAUUUGGACGUUUUAGAGGCGUUUUUGUUUAGAGUGAACAUGACUGGGUGGUCCAACAAGAAGCAGUACGAGGAGGUGUGGGUGGGGCUGCUGGCGGCGCUGCAGGGCAACGGCGCGCACUGGGCCGUGGCCGGCAUCACGCAGCUGCUGGCGCGCGCCGCCGGCGCCCGACACGUGCCGCGCACCGCCGCGCCGCACACGAGGGGAAUGCAUCGACUUCGAAACAUUCUGGUGGGAACAUCGGCAUACAAUGACAUAUUCGAAGACGUGAAUCUGGAACGAGUACCUUUAAUUAAAGACGGCCAUUGCGGAUUCCAUUUCGGCCAGUUUAGUACUGAGUAUUUGAAAUAUGCUUCAGAUAUGAUUGAUGAAGCCUCGUACAGAGUGCGCAAGGAAGUGAAACGUAAGCGGAAGAAUAAAGAAAUAGAUGUGAAUAGCUGUUUGCAGUUGUUGAUGGACGUCACUACUGACAUGUUGGAUCCUAAGGCGUCCACGGGCAUAGCGGCCCGCGUGGCGCUCAUCAAGCUGCUGAGCUACUCUUCGUGCGCGAUGUCCUCGCGCGCGCAGUGGGGCGCGCUGGGCGCUGCGCUGGCCGCGCCGCAGAGCCCGCUGGCGGCCGCGGCCGCGCUGCAGGCGCUGGUGGCGAGCUUGCCCGUGCUCAGCUAUGCGAAGGAGCUGUCGACUAUCCAGGAGCGCCUGGAGCGGUCGCUGUCGGGGCGCGGCGCGGCGGUGCGCGUGGCGGCGCUGCGCGGCUGGCUGCUGCUGCUGGCGCGCCGUGGCCCCGACCCCGCGCCGCUGCGCGCGCGCCUGCGCGACCUGCCCGCCGCCGCCGCGCCCGCGCUCGGGAUAUCUUUACAUGAGACGAGUUUAUACUGGGCGAUACUUUUUGCGCUAGUCGAGCUCGGCCACACUGACCUAAUGCACGUUCCUGUGGACUUCAUAUUGGCUAAUCCAAGACAUUAUUGUGCUGAUUUGGUUGUGAAGGGAAUAACAUCAAUUCUUCGUCAACAAGUGCUUCCAAAGGAUAUGAAAAACAACAUAAUCGAGAAAUUAUUGGACAAUAUGAAGAACUAUUCGGAAGAUCAUGCUGUACAGAUUUUGAUGGUGCAUUUGUUUUCAGCUGACAGCAAAUUAAUAAGUCCAAAACUUGAAUCAGACGUUUCAAAUAUGGAUCCUGACGUCCUAAUGAAUUCUAUGGAACGUAUUACUUUACUAUACAAAGUUCUGAAGCUAUGUAAGAAGAAAACGAACAAACACAUAAUAACCUCAGCAAUAAAGUAUUUCCUAAGAGAAACAUUACCUCCCGCUGCUACGUUGAGUAGAGUGGUGAUAGAGUAUCUGGAGAUAUGUAAAGAGAGUGAGAAGAAAGAGAUCAAAUUGUUGUGCGAUAGAGAUAAGUGGGUUGAGAAUUCGGUGUUAAGCGCUGAUAUUGUUUUUGAGGUGUUUGAGACAUCUGUAUCACAAGACCAACUUACAGUUCUAAGCGGAUGGAUAUUCGAAGCGCUAUGUCAUCUAUUAAACGGCAAAGUUUCAUCAAAACUGUUACCAUAUUGUCUCUUAACUUUGCUUGUAUCGGCUAGUUCAAAUCGUCACUUGCGCUCAAUAAACGCUCUAACUAAUCACAUAUUUAGACUAGGUUUCUAUAAAACACCAGAAAAUGUACAAAAUUGGGGUAUUUUUGAUGAUUUUGCCAAUAAUUGGGGAACUAAAAUGUCGUUCUCUGAAAGGCGUUUGUUAUGUAUAGUGGCCCUUCAUUCAAACUUCAGCGCGAAUCAGUUAGAGAGAUUGAAGGAAUUAUGUGAAGGGAACGAAUGUUUGAAUGAUUUGAAGCAAUGCUUGGCAGCCAUU